AUGGCUUCCGAUUACGCAUUCACACAAGAGGAAUUGAACAUCGACGACGGCGUUGGGUACCCAAAUGCCUACGCUAAGCUCUGCCGCGACCGCCGCGCUGGGUUGUAUAGUCAUGGUCCUCCAUUCACUUUCAUGCCUUACUGUCUGCAGCAACAAGAGGAUUUGAGAGCAAGAGAAUUAGAAAAGAUGUUUCCCAUUGUCGACCCCAAGGCAAAACCUACUGCCAGGCCCAAGAUUUUUGUUAGUCUUCUGUGGAAGCAACUCAACCACCUUGGGAAUGCUGGGUUUGAUCCUGCAGUGAUUCGAGUAGACCCGUAUGGCAAUGUUCUGUAUUACCAUGCUGAUUCUGCUUCUCCUCUUGCUUGGGAUAUAGAUCAUUGGUUUCCUUGCUCAAGGGGAGGAUUGACUGUGCCAAGCAAUUUGAGGAUACUACAGUGGCAAGCUUGCAACAGAAAGCAUAACAAGCUAGAGUUUCUCAUUCCAUGGUGGGAUUUACAGUUGGGCAUAUCUGUGAACCAGUUCUUAUCCAUAUUUGCUUCUUCCAACUCAGAUUUCAGGCACAGGGCAUUCUCAUUUUUGUUCGCGGAAGGUGAAAAUGAGGAACUCAAUUCGUUACAGACUGUAGAUUCACAUUGUUUUCCACAACAUUUUGAAGAAUCAAAACAGAAUGUGGGCUUAGCUCCGGCUGCCAUUGUUGUAUCUCGAAGGGAGUCAUAUGGCUCUUCAUCUGCUUUGAAAUCCCUGGACUACAACAAGCAGAUACCUGCAAGAAAAGUGAAGCCUAGUAAUUCAAAAGAAAAUGAGGACCCAAACUUUGUUACAAACCCCUACCAGGCCAUUGUCAUGGCUAGAGAUUCGCUAAAACAAAGAGAAGAAGCUGCAAAGAUGCAGGCGGAGAUACAAAGCUUGGAUGAUGAAGUGAACGAACUGCAGCAAAAAAAUGAAGACGAAAAAGUGACCAUUCAAAACUUGGAACAGACAUUGAUAAAGCGUCGGAGAAGGGCAGAGAAGUGUAGGCGGCUAGCAGAGGCACAGUUAUCAUAUAAGUCUACACUUGAAAAGAUGAUUCGCGAUGCUAUGCACCAGUCUAUCCUUUACAAAGAACAGCUGAGAUUGAACCAGGCUGCAAGUAAUGCACUCAUGGCAAGACUUGAGGCACAAAAGGCCAUGUGUGAUGCCUCAGAGAACCAACUUCACAAGAAGUACAAGGAGAGAGAUGAGAUUGAGAAACAGAUAAUGCCUGAAUGGGAGCAAGCAAGGAAGAGAUCAAGAAUGGAUGAUAUCUUAGCCAAUGAGAGUGAUAGUAGGCCAGUUCUAUAUCUACCAGGAAUUAAGCCAAAGACACUUGAACACAAGGAACUUCGAGAGUUUCUGGAGGAAGAACAGAAGGCAUAUAAUGCUGGUUUAUCACAGAAUGCAGAUGAAAGGCAAGUAGAACAAGCUGAAGAGCUUAAAAGACCGACAAGGGGGUUGUCCAUUGACAACCUUGGGGAGCAUGGCAGGUUCAUUGUUGAACUAGAGGAUGAGAACUCAUUAGAGCACAAAAUGAGAUCACUGGAAAUAGAAGGAAAGAAGCACAAGUUUCAAGUUCCUGUUGUUCGAGAACCAGAAAUUGAGGAAGAUGAAGAAAGCAGAAAAGAGCGUGGGAAGGGGAAUGUAGAGAAGUGGCUUCAAAUUCUGUUGGAGAAUUCUCCAGAAGAGGAGUUGGAUUCUCAGAAUGAAAAUGAAACAAACAGGACUAGUGAUAUAAUCAAAAAACUAAAUCUGACGUACCCACAAAAGGAGGCGAAGAAUCCGAAGUCUCCAGAAGUUGAUUCCAAAGUUGCACUGGUCAAUGAGAAAAAUAAGCAGUUAAUUGUCCAAGAGAAAUAUGACAGUGCACAAGAAUUGGGUUCUCCUGUUCAGGGAGUUGUUAAUAGCAGGAAGAGCUUUGAAGGCAGGGAAAGAAGGGAUAAAAGUAAUGGGAAGGAAAAAACAAUCGCCAGGUCUGAGAGUGCAAGAGUCUUUCGACGAAUCCCAUCUUCUCCAUCAAUAAUCUUGGGAAUGAAGAAGGGUGUUGACUGCAUGAGAAAGAAGCCCAUUGUAAGUAGUGAUGAUGAAGAGAACUAUGCUAUGGGAAACAAUAGCUUCAUGAAAUCCAUGAAGACCAUCAAGAAGGCGGUGAAAAUGUGA